AUGGCUUCCAAGAUAGGCCCCAGAAGCGUCAAGGACGCCACCCGCUUCACGUCCACAAUCCCCCACGCAACCUCCAAAACCGCCCAACGAACAGCGCGCAUCCCAGGCGAGACACCCGAGCAGCGCGUGAGGAGACUGCGCCAGGCUCAUAUUGCCGCUCAGCGUGCUCAAGUUAGCAAGACGGAUAGGUUCCUCGACACAUCAAGGAAAUUCUUUGACUUUGCGCAUCGAUGGACUAUAAGAGGAAUUGUGACAUUCACACUCGUCGCAGGUAUUGUCUCCGUAUACUCCGUCGUCGAUAUGGUUCAAUAUAACCGCGCCCGCCGAGCCGAAUGGGUCGAAGCACAGAAGCUACUCGAAGCCGACGAGCUAGCCAUGGCCCGUCUCGCUUACAUCAAGGGCGAAGCAACCGAGGACCAGAUUCUCCUCGUUGAGGAGGCCAACCAAGCAGCCCAGGCAAGAGGCGAGAAGCUACCACCUCUGCUUGGCGCCCCCGAACACCGCACACAUUUCGAGGAGCACAUCAAGCCCACAUUCCAGGACAAGACCGAGGAGAGUGCUACAAAGACAUCAAGUGGAAAGGGCGUGCUGGGAAUUUUCUCCGGUGUGCUAGGAGGUGGAUCGAAGACGGAGGAGAUCAAGGAGCAAGCGACAGAGGGAUUGGCCGCGGCACAGACACAGUUGACCAACUUGGCUGCUGACGGUCAAGCGAAGCUGGAGCAAGCAAUUCAGACUGGGCGGGAGAAUCAACAAAUCGGAGGCCCUCUAGACCGACUGGGAACACAACCUGUGCCAGCCUCCGGCAAGUCAUGGUGGAAGUUCUGGUAA